AUGGGUGUCAUUACUUAUGAUACAGAGAUCCCUUCCUCCAUCUCGGCAUCAAAGAUUUUUAAGGCCGUGGUGCUUGAUGUUGGCCCCCUUGUCACCAAGAUCAUGCCUCAGGACAUCAAGAUAGUCGAGAUGUUGGAAGGGGAUGGUGGUGUUGGGAUCAUCAAGGUUAUUCACUUUGGCGAAGGGAGACAGUAUAAGAGCGUGAAGCACCGUGUGGAUGCCAUCGACAAGGAGAACUUGACCCACACUGACAGCAUUGUUGAGGGCGAUGUUCUUGGAGAAGCUAUUGAAUCCAUAACUUAUCAUGUGAAGAUCGUCGCGACUGAAGAUGGAGGAAGCAUUUGUAAGAAAAGAAGCAUCUACAACACAAAGGUCGAUCAAAGAUCAGUUAAUUGCAAAAACUACAUAAUCGCAAUGCUAUAA